UUGUCUCAUCCCACAGGAAUAACAGUUGUCCUCGUACAGAAUAUGGUAUCCACCUGCACUUCAUUAGAGAGCUGCAUUUUUUUACAUGCCACACCACAAGAUCACCAUGAUGACAUAGCAGCUUCAGAGAACAGCGUGACUAGUGCUUUUUUUUUGCUUUUUUUUUUUUUUUUUCUCUUGUAACACAGAGGAUCUGGCAGACUUUUACCUCCUGACACUGUUUACAGCAUAUAUUGGUCGAUACAGUCCCUUAUUGCAUCUGCUCUGGGAAUUAAGGAAAGAAGCUUCAAGGCAGAAAGGGACAAGACACACUGCAAAAAUGACUUUAAACUCCAUACCUGUCUUUCUGUUAUUGAUUAGUGGCAUUUUUUGCCAGUAUGACUAUGGUCCUGCAGAUGAUUACGGUUAUGAUCCUUUUGGGCCAUCCUCAGCAGUCUGUGCUCCGGAAUGCAAUUGUCCCUUAAGCUAUCCUACUGCCAUGUAUUGUGACAAUCUUAAACUGAAAACUAUUCCAAUUGUACCAAGUGGAAUAAAAUACCUCUAUCUUCGAAAUAAUAUGAUUGAGGGCAUUGAAGAGAACACAUUUGAUAAUGUAACAGACCUACAGUGGCUGAUCCUAGAUCAUAACCAUUUGGAAAAUUCAAAAAUUAAGGGAAGAGUCUUCUCUAAAUUAAAGAAUCUGAAGAAACUUCACAUUAACUACAACAAUUUGACUGAAGCUGUUGGACCACUCCCAAAAACUCUGGAUGACCUGCAAUUAAGUCAUAACAAGAUCACAAAAGUCAAUCCCGGUGCACUUGAGGGGCUAGUGAAUCUGACUGUCAUUCACCUCCAGAACAACCAGCUGAAAGCAGAUUCUAUUUCAGGGGCUUUUAAGGGCCUGAAUUCGCUUUUGUAUCUUGACUUAAGCUUCAAUCGACUUACAAAACUACCAACAGGACUGCCUCACUCCUUACUUAUGCUGUAUUUUGAUAAUAACCAGAUCUCCAAUGUUCCUGAUGAGUACUUCCAAGGUUUUAAAGCCCUGCAAUAUUUACGUUUAUCCCACAAUAAAUUAACAGAUUCUGGAAUACCAGGCAAUGUCUUCAAUAUCACAUCACUUGUUGAGUUGGAUCUCUCCUUCAAUCAGCUGAAGAGCAUUCCAACAGUCAGUGAGAACCUUGAAAACUUCUACCUCCAAGUGAACAAAAUUAACA